CAGGAACGCCAAUAAACAAUUGUUUAUUGUUAAAACAGUGAUAAUUUCCAAUCAAGUGUUGGAUUGUUAAUUUGCAAAAAUGGAUUGUGUUGAUAAAUAUAAUUGAGUAAUAAAGUUUGGCGGCAUUUUAUUAGUGUGCUGAUUUAGCGAUGGGAACCACGCCUGACCAAGAGAAAGCAGUCUCGGUAUUUUCAGAUAUGACUACGCUGUAUCCACCAUUAUAUAUCACCGUUGCAAUUUUUGAUGGUAUCAUAACUGAUAUUGGUAAGGACAGUGAGGUGAGGGAGAGAAAUCCUGAUGUAAAAGCUGAAACUACCAUUGAUGCAAAAGGGCUAUCCAUUAUUCCAGGUUUGGUAGAUGCUCACACGCAUCCGGUAUGGGCAGGCGACCGCGUUCAUGAGUUCGCAAUGAAGCUUGCAGGGGCAACAUAUAUGGAUGUUCACAAAGCUGGCGGAGGGAUACACUACACAGUUGAACAUACCAGGAAAGCCUCAGAAGAAGAUCUGUACGCGUCUUUCAAAGAUAGAUUGCAGGCGAUGUGUAAUGCUGGUACUACUCUGGUUGAGUGUAAGAGCGGAUACGGACUUGAUGUUGCGACUGAGGUUAAGAUGCUACGUGUAAUUGAGAGGGCCAAACGUGAAAUGGCGAUUGGAGUAUCUUCCACGUACUGUGGAGCACAUGCUGUCCCGAAAGAUUCAACAGCCGAAGAGGCUACACGUGACGUAUUAGAAAAACAGAUUCCAGAAAUACAACGACUGAUGGCAGACGACAUUUUGCACGUGGACAAUAUUGACGUGUUCUGUGAACGUGGCGUCUUUGACGUAGAACAGUCUAGAUCUAUAUUAGAAAAGGGGAAAGAAUUAGGUCUCACUAUAAAUUUCCAUGGAGAUGAACUGCAUCCUACAGGGUCGGCAGAGAUGGGGGCAGAAAUAGGCGCCCUUGCUAUCAGUCAUUUGGAAGAAAUCUCGGACGCAGGAAUGUCUGCUAUGGCGGCGUCCGGCUCGGUUGGCGUCGUGCUGCCAACUACCGCGUACAUUCUACGCCUAAAACCUCCACCAGUUCGGCAGAUGAUUGAAAGUGGAAUGGCAGUUGCUCUUGGCUCGGACUUCAAUCCGAAUGCAUAUUGUCUAGCAAUGCCUAUUGUGAUGCAUCUUGCCUGUGUCAUCCUGCGCAUGAGUAUGCCCGAGACCCUGAAUGCUGCCACUAUCAACGCUGCGUAUGCGCUAAAUGUGUCAGACAAACAUGGCUCCCUUGAAGUCGGCAAAUAUGGAAACUUUGUGGUCUUAGAUACCGACAGAUGGGAGAAUCUCAUUUAUAAAUUUGGCAGUUACACAGACGUUGUGAAAAAUGUCAUCUACAUGGGACAAAUUGUGCAUUCAAAGGACGACCAGAAAGUUACAAAAGUAAAACAAAUAUAAUGAAAAAAUAAACUAAACUGUGCAUUUGACUUUAUUUUCUGGAGUACCUUUGUACUUGUAUGUUAUUGGUUUACACGAAGUUUGUUCCUGUGCUUUCAUGUCUUCUUCUCAUUAAAUCGAAAGCUGUAGUAACAUAUCACUGUUUUUUUUUUUUUUUUUUUUUUUUUGGAAAUGAUCAUAGAAGAGGAAAAUCUUAUUAACCUGUCAUAUCUCCACAUAGAAGAAACUCCUAGAUGAAGAUGAAUAAUAUCCUUUACGACUACUGCGAAAUACUACGGAAGAUUUUGGUUAAAUAUUUGCAAAGUAACAACCAUUGUCACUACUUGGAUUUUUCACAUUAGUGGAUGCCAAAGAUUUAUAUGACAUAUUGACAAUAAUAAAAGAUAGGAAACAUUUGAAAAAGGGAAUUUUUCAUCAGACAAAAAUAUGCUAGUUGUGAUUCUGUGAUUUGACAAACUGGAGUUUGCUCUUGGACAGUCUCUGAACAUAUUGCUUUCACACAGAUAUUACUUUUUAUUAUAUUUUGACAUUUUAACAGGUUUGAUAGUAUUUGUGUGCGAGGAAUCUGUAUUAUGAACAAUAACACAAUGUAUGUUUUUACUGAAUAAUACGACAAUGUGAAAUUAAUGAUAAAUAUCAAAUCUGG